UGUAGUAGCUGCGAGGUGGGAAAAUUCAUUCAAUCGCGUUUCUGUUUAUCCGUAUUUUAGACAUGCAUUUCUGACAAGUUUGUGACUUUACAGCGUAUUAAACUACACGAACACACUCUUCAAUUAUUGUUGCAUCGCAAUCAGCAGCUAACCGGUCGUGCAGAAUGAAGAUUGCUGUAGAAGGCUGCUGCCAUGGAGAGCUGGACAAAAUCUACGAGACCAUCGCCUUCCUGGAGAAGAAGGAAGAGGUGAAAGUGGAGCUGCUGCUCUGCUGUGGAGACUUCCAAGCUGUGAGAAAUGAAGGAGACAUGAAGUGCAUGGCCGUACCCGCCAAGUACAAAACCAUGCAGACCUUUUACAAAUACUAUUCUGGAGAGAAGAAGGCUCCAAUCCUGACCGUCUUCAUCGGAGGGAACCACGAGGCGUCCAAUCACCUGCAGGAGCUGGCUUAUGGAGGCUGGGUGGCACCUAACAUUUAUUAUCUGGGUUAUGCUGGAGUUAUUCGCUACAAAGGGAUACGAAUUGGUGGCGCAUCUGGAAUCUUCAAAUCACAUGACUACAGAAGAGGUCACCAUGAGUUCCCUCCGUACAACCCUGAUACCCUUCGGAGCGUUUACCACAUCAGAAACAUUGAGGUCUUCAAAUUAAAACAGAUCCAGAUGCCUAUUGACAUCUUCAUGAGCCACGACUGGCCUCGUGGGAUCUACCGCCAUGGAAGUACGGGGGAGUUGUUGAGGAAGAAGAAGUUUCUGCGUCAGGAAGUGGAGUCCAACACUUUGGGGAGUCCUGCUGCGGAGGAGCUGCUGGCUCACCUGCAGCCCAACUACUGGUUCUCUGCUCACCUGCAUGUGAAGUUUGCUGCCGUUAUGCAGCAUCCGCCUAAAGCUAACGCUGCUCCUCGUGUGACCAAGUUCCUGUCGCUGGACAAGUGUCUGCCCCACAGGGAGUUCCUACAGAUUGUGGAUGUUCAGGAGAGACCGGGUUCAUCAGAGGGUCUCGAGUACGAUCCAGAGUGGCUUGCUAUCCUGAAGUCCACCAACAGUCUGCAGAGGACCACCCCUCACCCCUGGAACCCUCCAGAGAAUAACGGCCUGCAUGAAAGGUGGGACUUCAAACCGUCCGAAGCAGCGAUGAUGAAGGUGAUAGAGGCUCUCAGCGGUGAUCUCACCAUCCCCGAAAACUUCAGCCAGACGGUGCCCCUGUACGACCCCAACAGGCCCAAUAACCACCUCCCCCCCAGCUGCAGCACCAACCCUCAGACCACCGAGCUCUGCGCCACGCUGGGCCUCACCGACCUCUACGCACACGUGUGCCAGGGAGGAGAGGAGGAGGGGGGGAGGAUGAUGAUGCAGGCGGGGGAUGAAGACGAUGAUGAGGAAGGAAGUGGGGACGAACCCAGCGAGUAUCCGACCGACACUUCGGGAAUGUCGAGUUCUAUAAACCCUGAUGAAAUCACGAUAGAGGACGAGUGGGAGGAAGAGGAGGGAGAGGAGAAAGAGGUUGUAAUGGGGGAAGAAAAGGGUGAGGAAGAGGAGGUUGUAAAGGGAGAUAAGCCUCCAGUAGGGGGAGUCAAUACCCCGAGUCGAAUGGUUCUCCCCCUUCCCAAAUCCUCACCCUCUCUUUCCAACAUAAUGGAUUUACCUCCUCCCUCACACUCGACACCAGCAGAGCGUCACUCUCAAUCUACAGCGGACAGGGAGGAACACUGUGAUGAAGACGAAGGUGAUGGUGAUGAUGGAGAUGUGUCAGCAAUGCGUGUCCUCAAACGUAGCAGCGAUGAGAUCGAGACGCCCGGCAGUAAAAGCACGACUCCCAAAAUUAAACGCAGAAAUCAGGUCAUCUACACGGCAGUAGACGAUGAGGAGGGCGAGGAUUAGAGGGUAAAAUGUCAUUUCUACAACUCGUCAGGGUGUACAGUCUCCAUUAUUCAUUAAUGUAUAUACUGUCUGCUUUUCUAUUCAGCUUCUACUGAUGUGGAUUUGUUAAAAUGCCCUGUACACGACAAAAGAGAAUUCAUAUCUGGAUUUGGUUUCUAAAGCAAUACCCAUACAAAUGCUUUCUCUUUGUUAAAAUAGGAUUUUUAUAUAUUUUUAAUCAAACAAAUGAAAUUUUAGAUUUGUGUUUUUUUGUACGUGUAAUUUCAAGACGACAGAAGUGAGUAAAAAGGCUGGAGAAUUAAAAUAUCAUUGUCUUUUGAAGUGAAUUUCAUACACUAUUGUACAGUCACUUUGCAAAACUUUCAAAAGGAAUUAAAUAAAUGUGGAUUUUUGA